CUAUACACCUCGCUUUCUCUUCCCCUUCCCAAUUGCUUUCAGAGUUGUUUGAAAGCAAGCAUCUGCCAGAUCUGCACCCCUCUGCCCAGAAGAAGAUGGAUCUUCAAUGUGAAAUCACCCCCAGUGCUGCCCCCGGAAGCACCAGGGAGUACAAGGUGGUGAUGCUUGGAUCAGGUGGAGUAGGCAAAAGCGCAAUGACAAUGCAGUUCAUAAGCCACCGGUUCCCUGACUACCAUGAUCCCACCAUAGAGGAUGCUUAUAAAACACAGGUACGAAUAGAUGAUGAACCUGCAUAUUUGGACAUUUUGGACACUGCCGGACAAGCAGAAUUCACGGCCAUGAGAGACCAAUAUAUGCGAGGCGGAGAGGGCUUCAUUAUUUGCUAUUCCAUCACGGACCGCCAGUCCUUCCAAGAAGCUGCGGAAUUCAAGGAGCUCAUUUAUCGCGUCCGGCACUCCGACAGCAUCCCCUUGGUGUUGGUGGGGAACAAAAUUGAUCUCAAGGAGUUUAGGCAGAUCUCCAGAGAAGAAGGCAUGAACUUGGCCAGAGAUUAUGCUUGCCCCUUCUUUGAGACUUCUGCCGCCUUGCAUUUCUACAUCGAUGACGUCUUCCACGAACUAGUGAGGGAAAUCCGCAAGAGGGAGACCUCUCUGCCUCAGGCAGAGGGAAAGCUGAAAAGCAAAGACAGUCUGUGGCAGAAACUGAAAGGAUCAUUGAAGAAGAAAAAGGAAAGUCCAUCUUGA